CUGCCACUGCCUGACACCCCGUACUUCACAGUGCUCCGCGACCAUCUAUAAGAACUGAACCUCCCCACAAGCUUUGUCCCAGCGUCGGUAAAUGAUACAAUAUACAACAGCUACCUGAUAAGACACCCUCACUGGAGUCUGAAGCGUCAUCAUGUGGGAUAAAGCCAGAACACCCGAGACACACGAGGAAUACACCAUCGCGGUGGUAUGCGCCAUGAGCUUCGAGAUGAGCGCUGUUCGCUUCAUGCUGAGCCGGGAACAUCCCCGUCUGCGGGCGAAGGACGGGGACUCGAAUAUGUACGUCCUCGGCGAGCUCAGCGGCCACAACGUCGUCCUCGCGUGCCUCCCCGGCCAACAGGGUAAAGGUGCCGCUGCGACAGUUGCCACCAACCUGGACCGCACAUUCCCUCGCAUCAGAUGGCGGUUCCUCGUGGGCAUCGCGGGAGGCGUCCCCAGCGACAGGCACGACAUUCGCUUGGGCGAUGUUGUCGUGAGCAUGCCCGAGGGGCAGUCUGGCGGUGUCGUGCAGUACGAUCUGGGCAAGGACACCGACGCCGGGUUCGUGCUCAAGGGUUCGUUGUGGCCCCCGCCGUCUAUGUUAAGGAGCGCCGUGGAGAUGAUGCGGUCCGACCAUCUGGUCAGCGACAACAAGAUCGAAGAGUUUGUGACGGCGAUGCUCCAAAAGGCACCAAAGCUCGCCGUUUACCAACGGCCAUCCCAUGAACCCGACAUCCUGUUCCUCGAAGACUAUACCCACGACGCCAGCAGCGCUACGUGUGCGCGAUGUGACAGAUCCAAGGCAAAAGAGAGAACACCGCGUCAGCCCGAGGGCUCCGUGAUCCACUACGGCUUGAUUGCCUCGGGCGACAGCGUGCUGAAGAGCUCGGCAAAGAGGAGCGCGGCUGUGCGCAGCUUGGGCGACGUGCUCUGCUUCGAGAUGGAGGCCGCCGGGAUCAUGUCCGAGUUCUCUUGCAUCGUCAUCCGCGGCAUCUCCGAUUACGCGGAUUCCCACAAGAACGACGCCUGGCACUACUUCGCCGCCGCUGCCGCCGCCGCUUGCACCAAAGAACUGCUCACCUACCUAGAUCCUUCGGAGGCCCCGUCGAUGUCCGCUGUGCCGACACCUUCCGUCGACGAAGCAUCGAAUCCCAGUACUGGGCCCGCCGGUAGCCAUAGUUUCUAUGGCACAGGCAUCCAGCAUUCCGGCUCCGGGAACUUCUCAGUCGGGAAGGAUCUGCACAUUAGGUGAUGCCCAAAGACUGGGGAGCCGUCUGAACGACGUUCACGGCACAGAUAGGCUUUCGAAACAUCUGGUGGUGCUUACAGGUUCGACUUCCGGAGUGGGAAGACUUGUAUAUACCGCUGAGCUUGUUUCUUGCUUGACCAAUGUCUUGGUUAAAUUUGCCUCUGUUGCGGGCACAUCUCGUCCCUACCAAACGAGCUUUAAGCCUUCCACAUCUCUGUGUUAACUUCAGUAAUAGCCUCAGCGUGACAAAUGAUCAGGUAGAAUAACCGGUUUGCGUC